ACCCUCGGCGACGCGACAAAACGUGAACGUGACAGGCGCGCGUGAACAGCUCGAGGAUGACGGGGUCGAAUUCCACCCUCGCGUCGCACCCUAACCUCGCCGACGCGCCCCAGCCUUGCCCGCCAGCCGCCCCAACGUUGCCUACCUCACGCAAGGGUUAGCCGACCGGGCGCGCUCUCCUCACCAGUCAGUCGGGUGCGUACGAUGACUCGCCUUCCUACGUAUUCUGACUCGCUUGGCUGAGUAUCGUCGCGUGCUGACCUGGUUGGAAGGAAGGACAAGAGGUGGGAUACUUACCAAGUCGCGGACGCGAAAAUGUCUUCGCGCGAACGCAGAUGUGUCUCCAUGCAGACGCAAACAUGCCUUCGCGCGGACGCAUGUACCCGCGCUGGAGCCCCUGCAUCCGCGCUGGACCCCAUGCACCCGCGUGGGAUCACCUGCAUUCCUCGCUGACCGCACCCAACCCCCGCUCGUCGUCUUUGACGCCAACCUGUCGGACGUCAAGCGCAUCCCAUCGGACGUCGACCACACCCCAUCUGACAACAAGCGCAUCUCGUCUGACGUCGAGCGCACCCCUCCGGACGUCAAGCGCACCCCUUCGCAUCCCAUGACGAGCUCCGGGUUCAGCUUGCAUUUCCGCGUAUCUUGCAUGUCCACAUAUCUUGCGUGAGCCCCCUUUCCGCAUAUAGCACGCUCUGUCUCCCCUUUCGCUCUGAACCCUCCUCCCCUACUCGCCCAUCACCCCUCUCCCCUUCCCUCGCGCCUCCUUCCCUUCCCCUCUUCCUUCACCCCUUCCUCCCCCCCUCUCCCCUUCCCUCGCGCCUCCUUCC